GACUUUGAGUUUUGACGUGAUUGACAUUUUGGGAUUGGGAGACAUCGGCGCAAUCGCAAAAGCAAAGCAAAAUACCCUGGGCCAAGACGCAUGUUCAAAAAGAUUUAACACGGCCGACGAACCAGCAGCGAGUGAAUAUCGAUUAUAAAAUAGGACAAAAGUUUGCUGCCCUCAAAAAUGAGGCUAACGUUUAAAGUUGAUAUUUGAUUUAUGGAGUUUUUAAUCAUGAUACGGAAGGCUUUGCUCUGUUUGACGACCUUACACAUAUACAGGGUGUCGGCGCAGGGCGAUUGCACGGACUUUCGUGGGAGGUUGAUAUCGCACGGGCUCCACUAUGUGCCUGGCCCAGACACCUGCACGCUCUGUGUCUGUGACAAUGGCAUCCCCAAGGUCUGCAAAGCAGUACUGUGCUCUCCACCCCAGGACUGCCGGUCGUUUCGCGUGGGACACACGUGCUGCGAGUUCAUCUGCUUAGACGACGUGGUGAAGCCUUCGGAGGGCGCGGAGGCGAACGUUCGCGUGGCGGCAGGCGGCGCGGCCGGCGCGGUGCUUCUCACCGUCGCGCUCGUCGUGUACCGCGUGCGCCGCCAGAAGCGCCGCCGCCCGCCGCACGCCGACGACCAGCGGAGCCUCACUAGCAUCGGCUACAUAAGUGGCAGCAUGGGCUACAUGAGUGGAACCUGCGAGACAGCUCUGGCGGCUUGGAAGCCCCCGGGCAACUACCUGCCCCGGGGCGAAGCGCCGCCGCCCUACGACGAGGCCGUCGCCCAGUGCCGCCCAGACCAAAUCAGAAUGGGAAACGAAACGCCGUACCACCGCACGUACCCGACGACGAUGGAAGCGCUGACGCGGCCCGAGGAGCCCGCGUGCGCCACGCACGCCUACGUCAGCGUGCCGCGCCCGCUGCACCAGGCGCUGCAGCAGGUACCUACGAGGCCACAUGUAUGUAAGGACGGCGACAGAUCAUGGAGGCCCGAGGAGCCCGCGUGCGCCACGCACGCCUACGUCAGCGUGCCGCGCCCGCUGCACCAGGCGCUGCAGCAGGUACCUACGAGGCCACAUGUAUGUAAGGACGGCGACAGAUCAUGGAGGCCCGAGGAGCCCGCGUGCGCCACGCACGCCUACGUCAGCGUGCCGCGCCCGCUGCACCAGGCGCUGCAGCAGAUGGCCAACACGCAGACGUGCUACAACGCGCCGCUGCUGCAGCCGGCGCACGCGCCCGAGCCGCCGCCGCCGCACCACCCUCUCGCCCCCAACGGAGUGAUCGGCUUCCCGAGCGCGAUCCGGCUGACGGGGUCUCUAGGCGCCAUCAGCAACCGCGCGCUGCUGAGCGUGGCGGCGCGCGAGCCCGAGCACGAGCGCCCGCACAACGUGCCCGGCUUCUACACCAGCAACGUGCACACCUCGCUGUCAGUCGCUCGCGUCUCUAGUGUCACAUUGACAGCCGCUGACAGGUCGCUGGGCGCCAUCAGCAACCGCGCGCUGCUGAGCGUGGCGGCGCGCGAGCCCGAGCACGAGCGCCCGCACAACGUGCCCGGCUUCUACACCAGCAACGUGCACACCUCGCUGUCAGUCGCUCGCGUCUCUAGUGUCACAUUGACAGCCGCUGACAGGUCGCUGGGCGCCAUCAGCAACCGCGCGCUGCUGAGCGUGGCGGCGCGCGAGCCCGAGCACGAGCGCCCGCACAACGUGCCCGGCUUCUACACCAGCAACGUGCACACCUCGCUGUCAGUCGCUCGCGUCUCUAGUGUCACAUUGACAGCCGCUGACAGGUCGCUGGGCGCCAUCAGCAACCGCGCGCUGCUGAGCGUGGCGGCGCGCGAGCCCGAGCACGAGCGCCCGCACAACGUGCCCGGCUUCUACACCAGCAACGUGCACACCUCGCUGUCAGUCGCUCGCGUCUCUAGUGUCACAUUGACAGCCGCUGACAGGUCGCUGGGCGCCAUCAGCAACCGCGCGCUGCUGAGCGUGGCGGCGCGCGAGCCCGAGCACGAGCGCCCGCACAACGUGCCCGGCUUCUACACCAGCAACGUGCACACCUCGCUGCACCGCACGAUCCCCCGAAUAUCGACGGCCGCCGAUACGAGUGCGUUCGAGGCGUGCUUCUCCCGCGGCGACCGCGCGCUGCACGCGGAGGUGCGGCGCUCCUUCCACCGCGCCGAUCGCGAGCGCGAUCGCGAGCACGCUCGCGAGCAUCCGCGCGACACGGGCCGCAGUAUGCCGCGAAAUCUCAACUUGGCAGAGCGGGUGCCCGACCCGCCGCCGCUCGACCAGUGCAUCGACCGCCGGGCGACCCAUGAUUCCUCAACCGUCGGCACUCACACCGACGGCACACUAGCGUAUUUGGCUGCCACCGCGCCCGCCGCGCCCGCGCCGCCGCCGCACGCCACGCUGCCGCUCACCGUCGAUAAGCCAUCAUGCGUGUGCAGCUACGAAGGAACGAAUGCGCCCGGCACCGAAGAUGCCGACGACUAUCGAAGCGAAUGCGAAAACUGCAAAUCCGCUAGCAGUUCAAGGUGUGGUUCGCAGAUGGGUGUUAGAGGAAGGUUGGGAGGCGGAGGAGGAAGACGGCACGCAGACACUACAGCGCCGCGCGCCGCCCGCCGCGCCCGCGCCGCCCGCCACCGCCACGCUGCCGCAGCCCGUCACCAAGCAGAGGUGAACCUUGAACCUUACGCCGCACGCAUACAGUCCACUCUCGACCGCCGGGCGCCGGCACUAGACACUGCCGCGCCCGCGCCGCCCGCCACCGCCACGCUGCCGCAGCCCGUCACCAAGCAGAGGUUCCACUCUCGACCGCCGGGCGCCGGCACUAGACACUGCCGCGCCCGCGCCGCCCGCCACCGCCACGCUGCCGCAGCCCGUCACCAAGCAGAGGUGAACCUUGAACCUUACGCCGCACGCAUACAGUCCACUCUCGACCGCCGGGCGCCGGCACUAGACACUGCCGCGCCCGCGCCGCCCGCCACCGCCACGCUGCCGCAGCCCGUCACCAAGCAGAGCUUACGCCGCACGCAUACAGUCCACUCUCGACCGCCGGGCGCCGGCACUAGACACUGCCGCGCCCGCGCCGCCCGCCACCGCCACGCUGCCGCAGCCCGUCACCAAGCAGAGGUGAACCUUGAACCUUACGCCGCACGCAUACAGUCCACUCUCGACCGCCGGGCGCCGGCACUAGACACUGCCGCGCCCGCGCCGCCCGCCACCGCCACGCUGCCGCAGCCCGUCACCAAGCAGAGCCGAACGGUGAUGGGUCCUCCUUCCAACUGGGAGAACUGGUUUAACACCAUACCGGACUCGGACACCGAGUCUGAAGAGGAGUAAGAUUCUAUUUAUUUAUUUGCAAAAAGAUAAACAAAAUAAUAUGUAUUAAUUUAUUCGUAGCAGCUUCUUUAAAAGAUACUAAAUCAACUAACAUUCCCCUUUAAGGUUAUGAGAAACCUUUAUAAUAUGUAAUGAGCAAUAUAAACCCACCAAUUACAUAAUAUACAUUUAUUUAAGUCUAAAUUCAUGAAAUGAACAAAAUACUGCCUUUAUUAUAGAUGGAUCUAACCAUUCCGGUUUAUUAUUAUGAUAUAAUAAUAGUGGAACAUCACAAUUUGUGCACAAGCAAUUUUACUAUCGUAAUACGCUUUUUUUGCAACACAUGAGAUGUGUUGUCUAUUAUAAAUUAUUUUUUUACGUAAAUUUAAAAUAAUUGAUUUUAUUUAUUUAUUAUACCAAAGAUUAAUUUGUUGUAUUUUACAAUUUUACAUUUUAUUAAAAUAUUUUAUUUACAUUUUGUAUUAGAUAAGAGCCCAAUCAAUCGUUUUGUAAGUUUAAUUAGGUAUAGUAUGAGGGAGGGAGGAUACAUACAAAAUAGUAUUACAAUAAGUAGGUAAGUGUAUUUAAUUUUAUUGUAAGUAUUUAGGUAGCCAUUAACAGAUUCUAUCAUAGAGUAUAAAUUGUCGUAAUUUUCAAAGGAACAUUAAUUGGUGUUGAAAUUAUCCUGUUCAAAAAUUAAUAAAGCUCUCUUAGGCAAAAAUAUUGAAAAGUUGACGUUUAUAGAGUAAUAAUACUAGGAUAAAUGGUGCCAAAUGAGAACUGAAUACAAGGAAAUUUCGAGAAUGAACUCAAAUUCAAAAUUCUACUUGGAUCGUAGUAAGGUAGAUAGGUAGACUUUGGAAUUAUUAAUUUUGAAUUUUACUAAAACUUCUCCAUAAUUAUAUUCCUGAAAUUGAGUCGCAAGCAAACGAUAAACUAAAAAGCUCCCUGAGUAUGGUACAUUUUUGCUGUGAUGGUUCAGCCCUGUAUUAAUCUAUGGUUCAACCAAAGUAAACCUUUAUGGCGUGGUUUUGAAAUUAGAUAUUGGUACUCGCGUAUAGAUGCUGAGCUCAAAGUUGGUAUUUUUAACAAAAUAUUGAAUUUAUUAACGUCAGUUACGUACAAUUAACAUAGCAUUUUGUAUACUCUAAUAAAAUUAUCCACGGAUCUAUUUUUGUCUAAAUAAAAUAUUUAUGUAUUAAAUUAGAUGAUUCAUGUUGUAACAAAAUAAAUACUUGUAUUAAGAUAUUACAAAUUUUCAUUUAUUUUACGCAUGCCAGAUGUAUAUUUAUUGUAUUUUGUUGGAUAGAUAAGAUGUUCGAUUUAGACCGUUAUAAAUGAAAAAUUAGGAUUAUUAAUAGUCUGAAUUUUCAGGGUUGUAAGUAUUAAAAUAACGGUUGUAUAAAAUAAUAU